AGUACCGCGUGCAGCAAUCCUACACGUGCGACGUCGUCCGCACACGUCAGGUAGGUAGUACACGUUAUUAUUGGUACACGCCGAGUGAGGUUUUCUACUCCGUUAAUCGUCAUAUGCGAUAUAGCUACCUAUAUAGUGUAUCAUAUCGUAUUCGACGUUUGUCGUCACUUCGACAGUUGUACACCGUCAACCGUAUACGCGUUACCUGUCGUUAGUUACUAGUUACCCGUCGGUCGUGCUGUAAUAAUAAUACUAUUAUAAUAUAGAAUAUUAUUUUGUUACUGGUACGGAAUAACGUGCGCACCACGCCGUAAACGACCACCGCCCGCCCAUACGCAGCCGCCGAAUAUCGCGAAUCCGUAAGGCAUCAUGACUGAUACAAUAAAAGAUCUUUGGCGCGAAGCAGAUGCAGUUUGUUUCGACGUGGAUUCUACAGUUAUUCAAGAGGAAGCAAUUGAUGAAGUUGCUAAAUUUUGCAAUAAAGGAUCGGAAGUUCAAAAAUUGACAAGCAGUGCAAUGUCAGGUAAGAUGGACUUUAGAGAAGCCCUCUCAGCUCGACUUCAGAUAAUCAAACCAUCGCUGCAACAAAUUCGAAAUUUCAUCAAAGACCGUCCGUUCAAUUUGACCCCAGGCAUUAAGGAACUUGUUGGAUUAUUGCAACAGAAGAAAAUUCCCGUGUACUUGAUAUCUGGCGGAUUCCGUGGCCUCAUCGGACCAAUAGCUAUCGAACUAAGCAUUCCACUACAACAUAUUCACGCCAAUAAAUUAAAGUUUUUUUUAAACGGAGACUAUGCAGGAUUUGACGAAAAAGAACCAACAUCAAAGAAUGGUGGUAAAGCUGAAGUCAUACAAAUGUUAAAAGAAAAAUACGGUUAUACAAAAUUGUUUAUGAUUGGCGAUGGAAUUACUGAUUUAGAAGCAUCUCCACCAGCUGACGCAUUCAUUGGGUUUGGCGGCAAUGUUGUUCGAGAAGAAGUAAAGUCGAAGUCAAAAUGGUACAUUGAAAGUUUUCAAGAGCUUAUCGAUACUCUCCAGUGAUUUUUCAAAAGACUUCACAAUUUGUUUUGAUAAUAAAUUAUAACUGUUAAGUAUUGUAUCUAAAUAACUAUGUACCUUUAGAAAUAUAGGAGACGACAAAUACUGCAGGAGCUGUACUCACUAAUCCCUAUGGGUACUUACUUAUUAAUUUUACUCUUAUAACUUGGAGAUAACAAACACAACAGUUAUACUUAAUUAUUAUAUAUAUUUUUUAUUUUAUAUAUGAACCUUAUGUAAUUGUUUUAUAUUUUUAAUGAAUAAUUUAUACCUAACAUCUAGUACAUACAGUUUAAUAAAAUAUAAACUUAUC